AACCCAAAACAAGAUGAAGAAGAAGAAAGAAGAAUCAUUAUCAUCGUCAGAGUCUCCUCUGUCGUUUUUGUCGUUACCGCACGACAUCGUUUUCAACACUCUGGCUAGGAUCCCUCGAACCAGUAAUCCAAAUCUAUCUCUCGUCUCCAAGAGUUUCCGUUCACUCCUGUCUUCCCCUGGCCUCGAGGCCGCACGAUCACUCAUCGGAAGACCCGAGAAGUACCUCCACGUCUGCUUAAACCUCAAUAACAACCCUAGAUGGUUCAUACUUUCCCAACGUGAGUUGAUACCAACCCCUUCGUUUCCUUACCGACAUCUCAAGUCCUCGAGUGCUGUCUCAACUGGUUCCGAGACUUACAUAAUCGGCGGUGAACUCGUGGUGAAUGGAAGAAAGGAAAGAAGCAAAAGAGUUUUUCUAAUCGAUUUUAAAACUCAUCAGUGGCGUAAACUCCCAAACAUGCGUCUUUCUAGAAAAGAAGCAGUCGUUUAGGUGAUGAUGGACGGUAAGAUCUAUGUGACUGGAUGCUGCAGCAGCAAGUACUCUACCAAAGACGAGAAUUAUAGAGAGGUUUAAGACCCAAAUACACAAACUUGGGAGCCCACAAAUGCCCUACCCAAUCUCAGAAGUCAAAAAGGCGCUUCCAAGAUUUGCUUCGUAGACUCAGGUUUUUUCAGUUCCACCAGGUCGUUCUUGGUUGAGACAGAGAAUAUGAUGUGCUUGGUGGUUCGCGAUGGUGAACUAAGUUGCAGUGGCUUAAAUUGGUGGAGUGAAGUUGGGGGACUUGAAGCAAUAUCCUCUAAUUAUCUAAUUUCGGUGACGAACUCUGGCCAAGACCAGAGAGUUUUAGUUUGGUGGAAGACUAAUUAUUAUGCUGAGGAAUGUCAAACUGAGAUUUGGUGUGCACAAAUUUUAAUUGAGAUUUGGGAUCACAAGAUUCUAGGAUGCAUAGUGUGGUCUGAGAAUGUGUUUACCUUCCAGGGAUGUCAUGAUGAUGAUUCUGAAUUCCUUUUGCAUUCUGCUUUAGUAAAACAUGAUUAUUGAGUUUUGUUUUGUCGUUGAGAAAAUUUCAUGAGUUUAAUAAAGAGAAAAAGA